UAGAAAUUUAGAACAAUAAAAUAAAGAAUACAAGAUAAAGUGUUUGUUUAUUAUUUAAUAAAAAAUUUAAAUUUAAAUAAAAGUGUAAAGAAACGCAGUGUCAAAAAGUUAAGUUUAAUACCACUAAUAAAUAUUAUAUAAUAAUUAAUCAUCAUAACAACACAGUCCUGACUACUGAAUUUUUUAAACAGUAGGUAACUUUGACUUAAACAGGUCCAUUCAUUAAAUAAUUUUGUACACCAUGUCUGAAUACGAAUCUUUCGGCGGAGGACGUUUGAAAUUGAAAAAUGAUUCAGGAAUAAAAAAAAAAAAGAAGAAAAGUAAAAAUAAAGAAAAAACCCUAGAAAAAGUAAAUAAAGGAUUAGAACAGGAAAAAGUAACCAAGGAAUACCAUGUGCCUCCUACUAAAGCUGAAUUAGCCUUCAUGAAACAGCAGGAAAAAUUGCAAAAAGAAAAAAUUUUGAAGAUUGCAUCAACAACGCAUAAACAAAGGGUCGAAGAAUUUAACCGUCACUUAGAUAAUCUUACUGAACAUUUUGACAUACCUAAAGUUAGUUGGACGAAGUAGAGUUAUCAUUCAUUUUUAUAUAAUUAUUUUUGUACAUUGCAAACAUUUAAAUAAUGUUUUUUUUUUUUUUUAAGUUAUGUCUAUAAUAUUUAAAAUAUUCUACAAUCAUAAAAUAUUAAAAUAUAAUAUUCUUUAGCACAUACAAUUUUUUACUUUCAAUUAUUUGUAUUUAAUUAGGAAUAAUAUAUAUUACAAUACAAUUUGUACUUAUUUAUUUAAUUAAUGAUAUUAUUAUUAAUAAUUUGUAUUUGUAAUUUCUAAAUGAUGAUAAUUGUAAUUGAUAUUAGUCUAAUCAAAUAAUUAAUUACUAUUAAGGAUUUUGUAGAUACUCAAUAAUUCAAAAUAUUAUUUUUGUUCAUGGUUUUCA